AGGCUUGACCUACCGGUAUCAAAACCUACAACCACCAUCCUCAAUCCAGACAUCCAAACGGCGCACCAUGCCGUCUCUGCUCCAUUAAUCAGUACCAGGCUUCGGUAUCGGCCCUUCGAUAAGUGUCGCCAUCGCUAUGUCCGCUGUGCCAGAAGAAAGAGAGGCAACCCCUCUGCACAUCAAGACAGUGCGAAACUACGAUACGAGUCCCAAUGACACGAACCGCCACCACGACUGCGGCCACUAUGAAAUCCUACAAAAAUUGAUCACGUCGUCGCCGGCUGGUGGCUACGAAACUGAGUCGGCGGAAAUCGAAUCCUGUCUCGAACAAUUCGUGGGCCGCGAUGGCUUGGUCCUGUGGCGCCGAGUGGUGGUCCGAAGCGGACCCUCGUGUCCGAAGCAGAUCGUCCACGCAUCCUAUAUGCUACCGCAGGAUUCCUCCUACGCCCCCCCGUUCCCCGACGGAACUGCAGCAACUACGGACGGAGUUUCUCGUCCAUCUUUGCUCUGCUGGACCGCCUUUCCCGACCGCCCCGACCGUCCGCUGCUUUGUGUUCUAGCCAAUCCGACAUUGCUGUGCAUCUGGGAUGUGUAUCCGUCGAAUCCAGAAACCGAAAAGGAAGAGCAAUCACAAGCCAAUCCUAGCCAGACCGAAGAUUUGGAGGGCGGGGAAGGUCAGAACAUUCCCCUGCCCUUUGAGGCGUGUGUCAUUUAUGGUGUAGGAAACGKGGAGCAUGGAUUGCUUUUGCAACGCUGCGAGUCCACUGAAGACAUUAUCGCUUACCACAACUACCAGCAAAGCAUCAAUAUCGCCGACAGCAUGAAUGAUCUAGAAGACCAAAACAACGACGACGACGGAUUUAUUCUCAAGGCUCCUCCUAGACCAAAGAGACUGAGGGAUUCUACUGGUGGAGGAAGCACGGCAAUGGCCAGUCUGAACGUUUCUACGGCCAGCACUCCCACGAUGAUGGGCGGAGUCGGGGAAGGCGCGGCUCCGAAUGCUUCGUUGUCGUCGCCAUUGAUGAUACCCAGCCUCUUUUCUCUACACCACCCGCAGGGCGACAUAUUGCCCGUAUCCACGUCUACUGCUGCUGCUGCUGCUGUUGCUACCAAGGGCGAUUUGCCACGACCUCAAACGUCGGCAUUUGUCGCUACGACGGACGUCUUUGAAAAAAUUCUUUUCACGGGUGUCGUAAAGUGGGUCGACGAGGCCGAAUGCGCAACGGCUCGCCGUGACUUUCGGCAAAAGUCGCUACCCAUAUGCGUCACCUAUCACAGCCAGUUGCGCCGGCACGCUGUUUGGGAGAUUCAGCACCCCCCGCCGCCUCCCCAGCAAGCCCCGCUCUGGCAGAUGAGCCAGCAGUGGCGAUCCAAGAACGCGCGGGAUAGCCACCUGGGUGUGCUCCAGCAAGAUCUCGAAGACUUUGAGCUUGCGGACGACCCUGUUGAUUCUUCCCACCACAGCGAUAUCCCGUCUCGAAACGAUGCAUUAGCAGAUGCACUGGGUAUCGUUCGAAGAAAUACACCCCGAAGCAAUGCCGGUACUGCCGCUAUUUCUAACGCAACACGCUCCUAUCGUGCUUCAUCCGGCAGUGCCGGCAUGUCGUCGAACCGGAGCGGCAAAGCCAAAACCCCAAUGAAUUCUUCGCUUCUCUCGCCGCUGUCGAGAUCGCACACACCGACUGCCAACGGCAGUCAUGUACUGGAUGGAUUUCGCGACGGCUUGACGAAUGCUGGGUUUGCUUCAGAUUCGACGACGAGGGCAUCUUUCACAAGGAUGGGACCGUUUGCGAGUCUGCAUCCAAAGGCAAAUUUAAACUGCAUCUAUGUCGACUCAAACUCUAUGCCACCCGCGGAAAACAUAUUUUUGGCUUCCAAUACUAGUGGUUCUGGCACCCUGAGCUUAUGUCUCGUUUGCCCUUCCAGUCGGGGAGGGGUUGGUCCCUCGGUCGACAAUACAAAAGAAUUGACUGUUUAUUCUCUUGCGCCUGUAGUUGAAAAAGGACGGAAUUUUGCAGUUCAACCUGAGGGCUCAGUGCCCUGCGUUGCGGCACAACCUAUCGAAGCUUCCCCAAUCCCCAGAAACUACGCACCCCAUCGAAGGAAUAAAUACAAGACACUGACAGAAAUGGCAACCGACAUACUUCUUCUCAGGAACCAUGCUCCAAACGAAAGCACACUGUCACUCUAUAGAAACACGCAGCACAUAGUAGAUUGCACGAUAACCAUACCACAGUCUCCUGAACUACCGGUUGAGAUGACCGAUCUAAAACACAGCUUCCGGAAUGUCAUCGAUGUUGUUUAUUGGGAUUCAAAGACGAUGCAACACCAGAGCAUAAGGGGUCGCCUUUCCUUGCUCCUUAAUUCGGACUCUAUCGGCGAGGCGCUAAUCCAAACGGUCGAAGCUGCUUUCCAGACCUCCAUGACCCUCGAUGUAAUUGCAUUAAAAAUACGAGCAGACUGCAUUAGAUUGGAACAGGCAACUAGUGGGGUAGGGGCCGAGAUUGCAAAGCUUGUCAUCCUUUCGCUUUUCCGCUUUGACAUUUUGGGAAUAGAUGUCAAUGCGAUGGAAAUGGAUCCAUGCGUAAAAGAAGCGACGACGAUAGACCAGACGCAAUGGGAAAUUCUUUUAGAAUAUGGUAAUGGAGAACCAUUUUCCGUCGAGUACGAAGAGAUAUUUGACGAAUCACCAGUGGCGGAUGGCGCCGACUGGAUUUCUGAGAGAGUGAAAAAAGGGACAAGCUUUGUCGAUCUAUGCAAAAUAUGCUCGCUGUCCACACAGCAUUUGGUGUCGUCUGGAUUGAUAAUUGGCACAACAGUUUUCGAUUCUUUGCACCUCUUUUAUGAGGAACUAAAGCUUCACAAUUCCAAGCAAGAGGAAGCACUGAGCUACAUAGGAUCGAUCCUUUGUGAUAUCUGUUCCAUGGCUUCGUGCAACACAAUGCAGCCCAGAGAUGUAACAGAAUCAUAUCUUUCCUAUUACUCGCUGGACUUAGAAGACCACUACCAAUAUUCUAUAGCAGGAGAUAUUAGAAGCGAUUCAGGAGUGAAGAAGGCAUCAACAAGGCUGGAACAAUUCAAGCUCUCUUCGUUUUCUUCACCUCCAUCUAUUUUGUCCUGGAUAGAAGAAGUUAUUUGUGGAAACAUGGCGAGUUCGCAAUAUGAAGCAUUUGAACGCGCAGACUUAAACACUACUUGCAGAAGAAUUCAAUCUUUUCUACUCAUCUUUCCGAAGCUAUUCGAGAAAGAUGACUCGAGUGGAGAGGAUGCUAGAAUCAACGGGGAGUCAAAAGAUUUCGAAGUUGUGAAACUCUUACUCGAAGAAGGCUUCUCUGAUCCUGAUGCGUUGCGGGACGAGUUGCCAGUGGGUGUGGCACUUCCUCUUCUUGAACUACUCCAUCGAUGCCGUACGUCACAAAUUGCCUAUAAUAGUGUAAUGGAUCCCUCAGUAUGGUUGUUGAUCGGAAGAGAAGACAUCAGCAUGAAAAAAUCAGAUUCUCAACAGAAUCAAUCACAUGAAUCGAAACCUCCUGCUCCUUUGAAUGGCCUAAAUUCGUCUCCGUCACUCGAGGAGUUUGGAAACAACGACAAAGAUGGCAUCACUCAAUUAGAAUCGGCGUCAUCCAUGUUAUUUCCUGAUGACAAUCGAAUUAGAGAAGUUGGCCGUUUGCUCCGGUCUUCCAAGCCAGCAUAUCUUCAUGUUCCACGGGCUAUUGAGGUGUCUGAUCAUGACUACGAAAGGCAGAAGCAAGACAAGCUACUCCUUUUGAGUCGCCGAAUUUUAGCUCUUCCAUUGGGUCGUGGUAUGCUCACCAUUGGGAAUCUCAAGCCGGUACCUGCCGAACCUCUCCCCUUGCCCGAGCUCUGCCUAUCUGGACGAAUCCCUCCAACGAACACUACAAUGGCGUUAGAUGUUUCCGAAUGUCCCGUAGACUUGAAAGUUUGGCCGGAAUUUCACAAUGGAGUCGCUGCUGGUCUGCGACUACCUUUGCAGCUCGAAGCAGGAGAAUCGGUAUCCAAGAUCACAAGGACAUGGAUCGUAUACAACAGACCAUCAAAUAACAAUCAGGCUGAUUCUCAAAACAAUUCAAAUGCCACCGAGAACAACUCCCAAAACCAGAAUCAUGCUCACGGGGGUCUCCUCAUGGCACUCGGAAUGAGAGGCCAUUUGACAGCUCUUGAGAUGACUGAUAUUUUCGACUAUCUUACUCAUGGCUCCGUUACUACUACGGUGGGUUGUUUGUUAGGCAUGGCGGCAAAGUAAGUUCUUCAUUGUUCUCUAUUUCUUAUCACUUUCUCCCUUCGGCAUAUGGACCUUACCUUCACUUUGUGAUGUUUAGCAUGAGAGGCUCGUGUGAUAUCUCUGUUUCGAAGAUGCUUUGCCUCCAUAUUCCUUCUCUGAUACCCCAGCACUUUAGCACAAUUGAUGUUGCAAGCACCGUCCAAGCAGCUGCGGUUGCUGGGGCUGGUCUUUUGUACGAAGGAUCAUCUCAUCGCAUGAUGACAGAGUUCCUUCUGAAUGAAAUCGGAAAGAGACCUUCAAAUGAUGGGAAUGUACUUGACCGCGAGGCAUAUACUUUGGCGUGUGGAAUCGCUCUGGGAAUGGUGAAUCUGUGCAAGGGAACCGAGAACAGCGUAGACAAUGGGGUAGGUCUUGCGGAUCUUAAAAUCGAAGAAAGACUGUAUCGUUACGUUGUAGGGGGUAUCGAUGAUGCUGAAAUACGGCGACGUUAUGAGGAAACUGACCGUUUGAGUAUGCCAUCGGCAUCUUCGUCAAGUAACAGUGACAAAUGCUCCUGUAUCUAUGAAGGAGACUCAAUUAACAUUGACGUUACGGCUCCAGGGGCUACACUUGCACUUGGGCUAAUGUACAUGAAGAGUGGUAAUGAAACGAUUGCAUCCGCUAUCGCCUUGCCACAAACACACUUUCUCCUGGAAUACGUCAGACCAGACUUUUUGAUGUUUCGCGUCAUAUCUCGUGCGUUGAUCCUAUGGGAUGAUGUGCAACCAACGAACGAGUGGAUCAUAGCUCAGGUUCCCCGAGCUGCAUACAACGCUUAUAGAGAAAUGAAAGAUCUAGCUGAAAGACUUCAGUGUGGGGGUGUUGAUGCUGCGGCUGGGAACGACGAACCAGAGUAUGACCGUCAGGCAGUGCGUUUCAUAUAUACUCAUGUAAUUGCAGCGGCUUGUUUCUCCAUCGGUUUACGCUUUGCGGGUACGGGAAAUACAGAUGCUGCUUCUUUAAUCUUCGAAAGAGUGAUGGAGCUUCGGGAGCUUAGAGAUGCAUUGGACCCUGCUUCUACAGCGCUGCGUCCUCCUACUCCUGUAAUCGAAAUGUGUCUCGGUUGCGCAGCAAUAUCGCUUUCUAUGGUAUUGGCAGGGACUGGAAAUUUGGAUGCUCUGCGACUUUUCAAAAUUCUAAGAUGGCCUUGCACUGACGACAUAUAUCAUGGAAGUCACCAAGCUUUUGGAACUGCUAUAGGCUUGCUUUUUCUAGGCGGUGGAACAUGCACUUUAGGGCGAGAUCCUAAAGAUAUUGCGGCACUCAUCAUGGCAUUCUAUCCAAGAUUCCCUUCGUCGACAUCUGACAAUCAAUACCAUUUGCAAGCACUUCGUAACCUCUAUGCUCUUGCGGUUAAAAAACGCGAGCUUAAGGCCAUUGAUAUUGAUACAGGGGAAUGUGUCUUCGCUCCUAUUGAGUUGCAUUUCAGAAACAAAGAGUUAGAGCCAAUGCAUUUUACUGCUCCUUGUCUACUUUUGAAUACAGAUGACGAACCCUUCGAGCUUCGUGUCGUUUCGAAGCAGCACUAUCCUCUAACAAUGUCACUUGAUUCCAAUCUCGGAAGCAAAGUUUUCUUCGUGAAACGUCGAGGCGCAUGCAUAUACGAUAAAAGCCGUCCUCAUUCUCACACAUCACUUUUGAUGCGGUCUGAUAAGCUGGAACAACGAGAUUCCUUGGAUCUGGUGGCAUCGUUCACGGAUGACCAACGAAUUCUUGCUUUUGCAAAUCAUUUUUGUGAUUUUUGCGAGCCAAAGGUACAAAAACACACCUCUAGCCCAUCGAUGGCUCAAUUUUGCAGCCGCAUCCUCCACGAAUGCUUUCUGCGUGACACCCGGCAAACGUUACCACUGUAUCUGGCUCUACGGAAUUCAAUACACAAGGUUAUUGCGGGGCGCAGUGCUCGCGUCGCACAUGUUUGGGACUUUCGACUUGUUCGCUCGUACUAUCAAAACCAUGGUCUGACUUCUAGAGAUGGAAAUUCUCGAAGAGUAUUGAAUUGUGAACUUGUUGCGUAUCUAAUUGAAAUGAUGGAGUUAGCUCUCGCAGAUGCGAAGUCCAGCAAUAAGCUACUGGCCAUCUUCUACAGCUACCCUCGAGAGUGUCGAAGUAAGAAAAACGACACAGACGACAUGGAUUUGACCUAAUCAUCAAUUCUACAAAUAUUUCUGGAAGAUGGAGAAAGCGCGAAACGAACUGAAGGACACUCAAUGACAUGUAGUGCAGUUAAUGAAAUUGAUAAAAAGUU